CUCCGCCGUACGAGGAUUUCGCAAAAAUCAAUAAACAAACCAGUUAUUCUGUUCUGCGCUCUACUUAUUACAAAUUUCGGUGUAUAAUAAAUUAAAAUGUUGUUAAAAAGAAAUUUGUUAGAAUGUGUGACUCUUUUUUCGUGUGGCGUGUGUGUUCUUUGCAUAUUUCUUAACUGCGUGACGAACAUAUCCCCAGUAACCGGGAUAUGGUUUCCUUUGUACGUUAUUUUGGUGUUUAUCCUCUCAAUAUCGUUUAGUUUUAAGUUCAUCCAGUGGUUAUUGCAUAUGAAUAAGCCUAUUAAAUAUGACUUGGAAGGUUUAUUUAAGGAUUAUCCCCAGUUUAUAUUUCUAAAACGAUUUUUACCGCAAGUCAAAAAGAGGGUUAGAUCUCCUGAUUUUGAAGAAGGGAAGGAAUAUGACACGAAUGAGUUGAGCGUUAUUUCGACUGUGCUGCAGAAGAAGUUAGUGUCAUCAUGGUAUGAGCCGUAUAUUUCACAAGAAAUUGGAUUUCCAUUUGCCUGCAAGCAUUUGCUAGAUCAAAUGAUUGAAAAAACUUUCAAGAUCUGCAAUAAAAUUGAAACCAAAGAAGUAUUUAUAGACACCUGCUCAAUAUUAACUAGCCACUUAAGAGAAUACAGAAAAACUCUGAAAAGACAUGAAAAAUCACCGACAAGCUCUUUAGAGUCCCUUUACAAGAAAGCUCACCCGAUAUUUGAAAAGAAACUAGAGUCGGGUGAACACUGCACGAAUAUUCUAAGGAUUAUAUUAAAAGAUCUUGUUCCUUGGGAGCUUUGGGACACACCGCAUUCUGAAUUACUAGUCCGAAUCUUGUCUAAAAAGCUUGAUGCAUUUAUUGAUGGUACUCUAGCAGAUCCUGUUUGGAUCAAUGAUAAGUUGUUGAAUAUCAUAGAUAAAGCAGAGAUUGAAGAUGUGGUUGAAAAAGUGGAAGAGCCAGAAGUGGUUGAGAAGGAAAGUGAGAUGAUGAUUGAGUCAGUGUUGUCUACAAUUGCGACUAAUAGUGCAGCACCUAUUUUACAGAGAGAUAUUACUGAAGACAGCACACCAUUCGUCCCAGACACAGAAGCGGUGAUAGAAGGUGCUGCGAUGCUGCCCGCAGCAGACGCGCCGGUGCUGCGGCAGCGCCGCGGCCGCCAGCGCGAGGUCAAGAUCUAUGACCGUAUUGUUGAAGGCAGCGUAAAAACCUGGGACACGAGCAUGGACCUACAAUGCAUCAGCAUGGGCCAAGACCUACUAGCGAGCUUGGACGGCGGCGUGGUAGGCCGCCUAUGGCCAGACCCCGAGCCGGUGGACCGUAGUCCGCCCGACGCCACUAGCACGGAACUGCCCCUUUGGUUUGGCGAAGAAGAAACCCUAGAACUAGACCCCGACAGCCCACCAAAAGACAGCCCAGUUAAGAAGGAGCACAGUCCGAAGCCCGUGGAGCUGCUGAAGGAGUUGCAGCACUCGGCCAAGACCAAGAUAGGAGGCCUACAGGUCCCCAUACCUUCACUAGAUGUCCGGCCCAAUGACGAGGCCGCGGGCAUGAUGGAGGGGCUGCUGGACUUCGGGAUCGCGGGGCUGAAGAAAGGACUUCGGUUCACGGGCCUGAGUGACGAUUCGCAGGACAAGUCACCAUCACAUCUGAAGGACAGGAGCGAGCGGAAUUCGCCAACAGAGAGCAGAAAGCUGGUACAGAGGGAAACUGUCAUGUCGUCCGUCGUACAAAGAGAAGACAACGGAGCAAACGCGGUUCACUCUCUUGUAAAGCAGCAUCGUGUGGUGUCGCAAGACAGCGUGCCAUCAGCGCCGAAGCCGAUUCCCCACGCCCCCGUGCCGCUGCCGCCGGAGUCCCCGGAGUCCCCGGAGCCCGAGUACGAGGAGGCGGCCGACCUGUCCGCCAGCAUCGCCAAGCUGCGCUCGCUGCUGCAGCGGCAGGGCAGCCCCGAGAACAACGGCUCAGGACAGAGCGGCGACGAGGUGGUGUGGGAGGGCGCGGAGGAGACGCGCGGGCGCACGCAGCGCCACCACUGCUCGCGGCCCGUCGACACCGCCACCCUCGCCGACGAAUACGAUAUGCAGACUGAUAGGAGCUCGUCGCCGACGCCUUCCAACAGGCUAGAUAAACUGUUCCAACGAACGGUGACGGGCGUGUUUAACUCGAUAAAAACUGCAGUCGGCGCAGAAGGAGACGAAACAUUACCUCAACAGCCUCUACAAGAGUGGACUUAUGUCUGCACCUCUGUCGAACUCAGCGUGGGAGGGGCAGUGGCGCGGCUAGUAGGGUCGCGACGCGCGUACUCGCACGUGGACGCGGCGCUCGACUCGCUCGAGCAACUAGCACUACCGCCCAAGGACCACCACUUAGUGCCCGAGGACUUCGAGGAGUGGUGCGUGGUGUACGGCGGCGGCAUGGCGCUGGCGCAGCUGGCGAGCGCGGCCGGGCUCGGCAGCAGCCACGCGGCGCACCGCCUCGCCACGCUGCUGCUCGCGGAUGUAGCAGAGUCUCUCAUCGACGCGUGGUUAGAAGAACUCGCGUCGUGGUUGAGAAAACAAGUGUUCGUGGUGUUUGAGAAGAUGGCCGACGAGGACAAUGACCUCCCGCGGGUACAUCUCAGGCCUUACAACCUUGAUCAUACAUGUCAGGUCGUCAUGUCGAAAAUACCAGUUCUAGGCUCCAUAUUCGGCGAAGAGGCCCUGUCUGACUGCGUCAAGCUCUCCAUAUCGAGUUUCGGCCACAAGGAGCUGAACAAAGACGUGAUGUUCCGCGUGUUGGACCUCGUCGCGGUGCAUUUCAAGAAGUCUGCCGGCCUUAGGAACCCUUCUUUUGAUGCCAAUUGAAUUUAGUGAACAAAGAUAUAUUAAGCUUAGAAUAAAUUUAAAAGUGGAAAAACCUCACGUUUUCCUUAACCGAAAAGUGACUGGUAAAUAUCAAAUGAUAUUUCGUACAUAAGUUUUGAAAUUUUUUGCCACUGAAAUUUGAACCUAUAGUGUAGAAAAUAGCGUUGAUUUUGCGUUGUUUGAAAAUUGAUCAAAACAGCAAAAGCGACAUCCAAUUGAAUAUGAUUUAAAUUUCAGCGAACUGAAGAUGUACUAUAGGUAGGACCUUGGGCCUUAGGAGGAUAUAUACUGCAGGGUACCCGUUAUCGGCUACUACCUAGGAAGAUAUAACCAAACGGAGUAGCCCACGAGUAGCCAUUAUCAGGCGUUCCCCUCUGUUGAAAAUAGUCGGCCAAUGGUCAUACACAAUGUAUGGACUGACGUUUAUCUGACGUGGCUAUUUUGACGUUACGUAUACAUUUGACGUUCCCCUCCCCGCAAAAAUUGGCAGACUUUUUGUACAGCAAAUUACAGACAAGGCGUCUCCGUUGGUUAUAUCCUCCUAGGCUACUAGCGAUAUAGAGGACUACGAUCUUAGCUUAGCAGUGAAUGAGUUAAUGCAUUCUUCACUACCGACGCGAGUUACGCGCUGCACUUGCAGACGAUAACGUGUUUUUCCGCUUUGUAGCGUAAAGCACAGAAAACCCGCCUAGCGGGUCACUGGCAGUGAAUGUGUUAAAGGAGAAGAAAGCACUUGAUCUGAAUCGAUCUACUUAUUUUUGUAUUCUUUAGUAGUCUUGUUAUUUUUGUAGUUUGUGAAAUUAACAGAAAAUUAUUUAUAUUAAUUAUUUAAAAGGACGUUUUUCAAGAUCUGGCACAAAAUUAGGCUAUUUUUAUCUUAUUUUACUGUUUUCUACAAAAAAACAAAAAUUGUUACUUGUAAAUAAACAUAUUUAAAUUUGGAUCUCAUAUUUAUAUGAAACUAUUCCGAACUAAUUGAUUAAAUGU